ACAGCUGGUGGAGCAGCAGCAGAAGCAGCAGCAGCAGGCAGAGUUUGAGGAGGACGAGUUGCUGCCUCCGUUUCUGCAGCAGCAGCUGCCACUGCAGCAGCAGCUGCUGCUGCAGCAGCUGCAGCAGCAGCCGGGCGGCGCAGCGCAGCGCGCAGCAUCAGCAGCAAAGAUCAAAAGAGAUGCUCUCUUCCACUUAACUGCUGGCAGCAGCUCUUUGGGGGUCCCUUGGAGGCCCCAGCCCCCAGCAGCAUGGGCUUUAUCAUCUCCUGCUGCAGCAGCAGCAGACGCAGUUGCGGGGCAGCUGGAGAGCAACAAGGCCGUCGCUGCAGCGCGGAUGACUCCGGGCUGCUGCCAGCUGUCUCCUCAGCUGUAUGCCUAUCUCCUUUGUCUUCUGGUGAAUCGCAAAGUGGCUUGCGAAGCAGCAGCAGCAGCAGCAGCGGACGAGCCAGCGGCAGCGACGGAUGAGUCUGCAGCAGCAACGCCAGCUGACGCCGCGAGGGUCAAAACGGAUGCAGCAGCAAAGCAGCAGCUCAAAGCAGCAGCAUCUGCAGCAGCAGCAGCAGCAGUGGCUGUGAAGGAAGAGAGGCUGUCGAAAUCAGCAGCAGCAGCAAGCAGCAGCAGCUGGAGCCCCUCGGAAGAGGCAGCAGAAGGACGCACUUUAGAUGACUGGCUUUAUCACCAGCAAGAGGCGUUACUGCUGCAGCAGCAUCCACUUGUAAUAGAUGUAUUUGCUGCUUCUCCUGCUGCAUUUGUUGCUGCUGCGGGUCUGCUGCACAGCCUGCAGCCGCUGCAGCCGCUGCAGCAGCACCAGCCGCGGAAGCGGCAGCAGCAGCAGCAGCAGCUGCUGCUGCUGCCGCCGAAGCAGGCCGAAGAGGAGCAGCAGCAGCAGCAGCAGCAGUCGGCAGAGACUGCAGCAGCAGCAGAGGAAAAAAGGCAGCAGCAAAUAAGAGCUUUAGCUGUUUCUUCAAUGCUCGAUGGACUGCAGCAGCACGCGGUGUCUGUACACCCCGUUGAGUUCAGGCCCCCGCAGCUUCCCGUAGACCUCAUAACCCUUCCUGCCUUCACUGCAGGGGGCGGCUGGAGGCGCUACGUGCGGCGUUUGCUGCAGCAGUUCAGCAGCAUGAGGAAAUCAGAGGUUGCUGCUGCAUCUCAGGCAGAUGCAGCAGCAGCAGCAGCAGCAGCGCCCCUCGCGGGAGCAGCAGCUGUGGCAAACGCAGCGGCGCAGCAGCACCAUGGCCCGGCAGCAGCAGCGUGGGCAACAGCAGCAGCAGCAGACCGCGGCGCUGCAGCAGCGCAUGCAGAGUCCCUGCGGAGGCAAGGGGCAGGCAAACUUUCUGUGUAUGAGGCGAAUGCGCAGCGAAGUCGUCGUGUGGGCGUAAUGCCAGUGGAUGCAGCAGCAGCAGAAGCAGAAAGGUCAGCAGCAGCAGCAGCUGCUGCUGCUGCGCAGGACAAGGAGGCGCUGCUGCAGCGCCGCAGCCAGCAGCAGCAGCAGCAGCAGUGGGAUCUGCACGAGUCGGCGUUGCUGCUGCACCUUGCAGGUCGUUUCGCAGGCAGCAGCAGCAGCUGCUGCAGCAGCAGCAGCAGGGCGUGGUUCGCCGCUCUAAAGGGCCCGCGCAGCAGCAGCAGCAGCAGCAGCAGCAACGUGAACUGGGACCUAGUUGCCAGCUCGCUUUCGAGGGCGGGAUCGUUCGGUGGGAUCGUCUCCCGGCUACGGCUGCCCUGCGAGUGCAGCAGGCAGCACGCUGUGCUGCUGCAGCACCUGCAGCAGCUGCAGCAAACGGCGAAGGAGCUGCGGCACCCCAUGCUGCUGCUGCUGCUGAUGCAGCGGAGGCUCUUCACAGACGUGGAUGUGCUACUGCGGCCUUUGCCAGCUCGGUGCUCCUUUGGCGGAUUUGCUGCUGAGGAAGGAGAGACACUAACUUUAGAGCUGCUGCGGCCACUGAAGCCGCGUCAGCUGCUGCUGCUGCAGGAGCAGCAGCAGCAGCAUCAGCAGCAGCAACAGAAGGCGCUGCCAGCCCCGGAGAAGAUGGAGCAGGAUGGAGAGUCAACUACGACAGCGAGCAGCACAAGCAACAGCAGCACCAGCAGCAGCAGUAGCAGCGACAGCAGCAGCAGCAGCAGCAGCACGAGUUCGUGGCUGCAGCUGCCUGCUGCUGCUGCUGUCGUCGUGGAGGAGGGAGCAACAGCAGCGCGGGUCUUCUCUUUGCCAGCCGACUUGGAGUCAGAACUGGAGCUCUUCCAGCAGCUGCAGCAGCCGCAGCAGCAGCAGCAGCAGCAGCAGCACGGGGACUGGGAAGAGCAGGUGCCUCGCAUAAAGUCUUACUCGUUGGAUUGGAGUAGCGCAGACGCUCUGCUGCAGGAGCAGCAGCAGCAUGCGCAGCAGCGGCAGCAGCAGCAACAGCAGCGGGCGUGGCUCCUGGGCUCUACCGCGCCAGCAGCAGCAGCAGCAGCAGCAGCAGCAGCAGAUGAUGCAAACGAAGAGAUACUGGAAGAAAUCGUCUCUUCUCUCCGCCCCCUCAGAGGCGCUCGCAUGCGGCUGGGGAUUCUGGAGAAGCGGCUGCGCAGCAGCAGCAGCAGCAGCAGCAGCAGUAGCAGCAGCAGCAGCAGCAGCAGCGACUUUCCAGAAGCAAAAAAACGCAAGCAUUCUCUGUACAAGGCCAUCCACGAAGUGGCAGCGCGCACAGUUGCUGCUUGGGGGGUUUCUGGGUGGGCCUUUUUCCAAGCUUCCCCGUCUCCGCCUUCAGCAGAACCCCCAGUCGACGCGCAGCAG